UGGCGUACAUAGCCAUUUUUCUAAGCACUAGCUAGAGCGAAAUGAAGGUGAAAUUAUCAAAUUUAUCAGAAUGGAACCAGCACACAAAAGAAGCGCAUAUGCUUUCUUUCUCGAGGAGGAAGUGGGGAUCCAGUGCAGGACGGCCACAUCUUACACUAUAUAAUAGUGAUAAAUGACGAAGCUCACAUGGAGGAGAGAGAGAGUGAGAGAGAGAGCAGAGUAGCGGGUGAAUUGAGGGCUUUAAAGGAAGAGGAUGGGCCUGUUGAAGGCUUCAAUCCAUGAGGCAGCUUAAGCUUCUGUUUCCACCGCAAGCCAUUAUUACUGGUUUCUUCUACCCUCUUCAAAUAUAGUUACUGUAAUAAGAAAUUCAUCUUCUACCUGUGCUGGUUAAUUAGGUCUUUUUCGUAUCAGCUCUCACUAUUUAUAUAUAGAUAUAUAUCCUGGUCUGUCUUCCAUUACUCCUUCCUGCCAGUUGCACGCAGUAGUGCUUGGUGUACGUCUUCUGCUCUCUGUUCAUUUUGGAAGUUUUUGUUAUGGCGCGGCAAUGGGAGAUGGAGUUUGGAAUGGGAGUGGGGAUGCCGGCGGGGUUUGGUUCGGCUUCGGCGCCGGCAUAUAUAUACGGGGUGCCGGCCGCUGCAGAGACGACGCUGAGGGUUGACGAGUUGCUUGAUUUUAGCCACCAUGACCUCUUCGCUUCUUCGUCUUCUUCCUCUUCGGUUGCUGCCGAGGCUAACCUGGUUCCGGCGGCGCAGUUCUCCGCCGGCCACGUUUCCAACCCAGAAUACCAUUAUCCACGCCAUGCCUCCUUUGCUGACGAUAUCUACAUACCUAGCGAUGAAGUUGCAGAGCUGGAAUGGCUGUCAAAGUUCGUUGAGGAUUCCUUCUCCGAUGUACCUGUCCAAUCACUCGCGGCGGAGACAGCGCUGCCUAACGCUACCGCUCACCGCGCCGACGUAUCCAACGUCGUCCGCGGCGCGAGGAGCAAGAGAUCCCGCGGUGUGCUUACUGUAGUUGAAUCAGAGGCGAAUCACCACGCGGCUUCUGCUUGGUCGUCGCUUACGCCUUCAUCCUCGACGACCUCCUCCUCAUCUUCAUCAGAUUUCCCGACGACCAAGGGAAGUAGCAGGAAGAAACUCGCAACGGGGGAGACGGUGGAGGACGGCGGUGGAGUCCGGCAGUGCACGCACUGCGCGUCCGAGAAGACGCCGCAGUGGCGGACUGGUCCUCUCGGACCGAAAACGCUCUGCAACGCUUGCGGCGUGCGGUUCAAGUCCGGCCGGCUUGUGCCAGAGUAUCGGCCGGCGGCGAGCCCAACCUUCGUUCUAACGCAGCACUCCAACUCUCACCGCAAGGUCAUGGAGCUCCGCCGCCAGAAGGAGCUUCUAAUACUCCGCCGCCACGACAAUGCUUCCCCGUCGGCCACCUUCCCCUCCGCCUCCAUUGCCUCCGCCGGGACGGAGAUGAUAUACCAGGACUACAACGUUUACUGACUUGCCGUCGUGGCCGUCCGCCGCCGUUCUUUAAUUCUUCUUCCAUUAAACUCCUCCGAAAAAAUUGGAAAAUUUUUGUAUGAGGAUAUCCCGAUGACAAACCUUUCCGAAUCGGCUUCCAUAUAAAUUUGAAAAUUUUCGAGUCC